GCAGCAACAACGUGUUGAAAAUUUAGCGGAAAAUGCCUUGUUGGUAUUAUGACAAGAGCGAGCUGCGUGACACUCCUUCAAUACGCGAUGGUAUACCCUUGGAAACGGAACGACGUUAUCGCAAAGAGGGUGCCCGUUUCAUUAUGACCUGCGGUACCCAAAUGGGCCUCGGCCACAAUACCAUGGCCACGGGUGUGGUAUAUUUUCACCGGUUCUAUAUGUUCCAGUCCUUUAAACAGUUUCCACGUUAUGUGACGGCAUGCUGUUGCCUGCUGUUGGCCGGCAAGGUCGAGGAGACACCAAAGAAAUGUCGCGAUAUAAUUUUAAUAGCCCGGCAAUUGUUGUCCGAUAAUCAUUUCUAUUCGUUUGGCAAGGAACCCAAAGAGGAAGUCAUUACCUUGGAGCGAAUUCUGUUGCAAACCAUAAAAUUUGAUUUACAAGUUGAGCACCCCUACUCCUUUUUGCUACGCUAUGCCAAGUGCUUUAAGGGCGAUCAACAGAAGCUACAAAAAAUGGUCCAAAUGGCUUGGAAUUUUGUCAACGAUUCGUUGAGUACCGUGGUGUGCCUACAAUGGGAACCGGAAAUCAUUGCCGUGGCCUUGAUUUAUUUGGCCAGUAAAUUAAGUAAAUUUACGGUAACCGAUUGGAUUGGAAGACAGCCUCACCAUACCCGUUGGUGGGAUAUGUUUGUUUCCGAUGUGACCAUGGACAUUUUGGAAGAUAUUUGCCAUCAGGUCUUGGAUUUAUAUCAAACGAAUUCCAAAGAAACUACCGAAAGCAAUAGUCCACCUCAGAAACCACCUAGCAGGGCGGAUAGCCCAACUCCCAUGAAAUCCUCGCUGCCCUUGGGGAAUCACAGUGGUUCGCCGGCGGGUAAAACGAAAGGUGGCCAUGGUGGCCAACCCGCAUCCGCGGCGAAUUCAGCAGCGUCAUCUGGUGGUGGUGGCGCUAACCACGAUAUUAACAAUGCACAAAAUAUUAAACCCAUACCGACCAUUGCCUCUAGCAUACCAACUGUACCUCCUGCCUCCAUAGAUCAUCAUGCAGCAGUGCCACCGCCACAUGGUGUGGCCGCCGCAGCAGCCUCUUCUGGUUAUCAUCAUCCUCCGCAUCAUCAUCAUCAUGCCGCUGCGGCCUCUUCACAUCAUAUGUACACUGCCAUGCCACCCAUGGCUGGUCACCAUCCAAUGCAUGCCAUGUAUGCGGCGGGUGGACCAAUGCCACCACCACCCAAUGCCGGCUAUCCGCCACAUCCUCCGGUGCCAAGUGUGGCCGGGCCAAAUUCGGCGGCGGCAGCAGCGGGUGUUAUACCACCUCCCUUACCGCCACCACCACAGCCCAUGGUACCGCCCUAUUAUGGGGCACCUCCUCACUAUGCCAGUGUACCACCAAUGCCGCCAGGUGCUGGAGGCAAUAGCACCGGUGGUGCUCCACCCCCACCACCUCCCGGUGUAGAUCCAACCCAACCGCCUCCACUUACAUCUAGUAGAGGUGGUGGAGGUCACCCUCCUCCCGGAAAUUAUUAUCAGCCCCCACCACCUGGCAGUUAUCCCAGCAGUCGGCAACGUUACUAA